GAAAUAAAAGCAGUAAGAAAUAAUAGUGGGUUGGGGUUGACAGCAAAGGAGAAAAUAGCAUUCAACGGCACGAGAGAGUUAGGUAUUUAGAGGGAGAAUGAUAGAGGGGUUUCCAGAAUCAAAGGGGUUAGCAGAUAAUUAGGCUCAGAAUAAACUGGAUUUAUCGAUUUUUGCCAUUGGGUAGUUUAAAGGGCCUAACUGGCUUUUGACUUUUUUGAUACAAUCAAAACUGUAGGCCUAACUUUUUGUCAGAUCAGAAUUUGUGAAAGUUAUCAUCGGUAAAUUUACAUCUAGCUCAAUGCUAUAUAUUUUAUUAUCCCUGAGAAUAAGGCUUAAAUAUUUCCAGUACAACUGAAGUAAGCUUUUGACGUUGAUUGAAUUCCAAUGUCAUCAGCCUGGAGGAUUUGAACCAGCCGCGCGGUGCGAGAGUCUCGUUGAAACUGGAGGUGAAGGCAGCUUAAUUUUGUUGAUAACCUGGAUAAGAUCUUCGCACAGGCAUUCAGGUCAGGGGGCUGAGAGGGGCCUUAUAGAUUUGGGCAGCCAAUUUUUUCGGGUAGGAAAUCGAAUAAAAGCUUUUCCAGAAGGCAACAUGAAAGAAAAAUUAAAUUUGAAGGCUGCUGACGCCUGAAACUUCAGGAAAUGUUCCGAAAAACUUGACCUGUUUAGAAAGGCCUGGCACUGAAAUACUGCACAAAUUGGGCUGUUUCCGCAAGAGGAAACGGCUCCCGAGCGCGCACCCUCACCGCCUUGUGUCACUUCAGGUGUGACAGUUCAAAUCUUAUAUUUCAAGUGGGGGUCACCAAGGGGGAUCGAAAUCCGCCGUUUCGCACAAUUUUAAGUUGAAAUCCGCAGCUCCGAUCACUUUUAGCCAAAGUCUCACGUCCCAAAAUUGUUGUUUAGUAAUGAUGAUCAGAAAAACCAAGAUGUGGCCUAGCCAUUUUUUACAAGACAACAUGUAAAUAAUUCCCCAUAUUCUUAAAACAUUAUAAAAAUUCCGUAUUCCGUGUAUCAUUUUCGUGACAAUGCGCGCUUACAUGUGUGGAGGAGUCCGUCGUUCCGUCGAGAAACUGCAAGAUUUCCGUAACCCGCGAGAAAUUUUCUUCUAAUUCCGUUUUUCCGCAAAACCCUGAUGACCCCCACUUUAAACAGAUAUUAAUAAGUAUUAGAUUUACCAAAGUAAUUAAAUAAAAGAGGCUAUAAUUCACAAUAUUUCAGUGCUGUUUUUAUAAUGAGAAGAACAAAAAAUGGUCUUAAAAAUGUAUACACUAACAUAAAGUUUUAAAUAACCAUACGAGAUAAAUUGUUUCUGGUGUCAAGAUCACCCAUUUCACUGAUAGGGACAAGAUGUUGACGGGACCUAGAACCUCUAACGCAAAUUACUGCAAUUCUAAGCAAACAAAAAUUCAGCUUCCUUUUGAUCCAGGCAGAGGUUUCACUAAGUUUUUUGUGGUGUUUUUUUGCAAUUAGUUCCGACACACGUCGGAAAAAUUACCUCGUUUCAAUUCUCAUACCCCCAUAGCGCGAAAAAUUGAUGCAUCUGGUUGGCGUCAUUCAGAGGUUCAGUGUUUUAAUGAAAGGACGUAAUAUUUAUUUCAUAGAAAUACCAGUUCCCGUAAUUGGUUGAUGAUGGAUACAACUGUUUUCGAAAUGAUUGGGAUAAAAACGUGAACCAGUUAAACUUUCUUAAUACAACGGUGUCUUUAUACAACGGUAUCAAUAAUUGCUACAAGUUUGAUUAUAUCAGUUAUCUGUGGAAAAUGGUAUUUUGCUGACAAUGUUUUGGAAGUACAAAAAGCAAAUAUUUGUCUGACACUCUUUGGAGUUCAGUUCAGUUCAUUUCAUUUUGAAAUUCCACUACAUACAAAUGCCAUUGAAAUGAUACCAUACAUGAAGCUAACUAGUUACAAUAGAUAAUCAAACUAUCAGGACUAUGAGGGGAUUUGUAUGCAAGGAUUUGAGAGAAGAAACUGUCUCAAUAGUUAAACUAAUCGAGGAGGGAGCACCCCCUUGGUUAAGAACAAAAAGUUGUAGAUUUAUUGACGAUAAAUGGAGUAUAAAACGUUAGAACAUAGAACGAAAACUCUAAGCUAGGAAGUGAAUAUACCCAGCUUUGGAUCGAAAAAGGCCUAGGCGUAGUAAAUAAAGGAGCUGGGGGCUCCAAAAAUUUAUCGAAGUUCAGGCCUAUUCAAGCAUUUUAUCUCAGCGAACAACAACAUUCUAAACUCCCAAAAUGCGCCAAUCGGAAACGCGUGCACACGACUGUGAAGGAUGAUUGUAAAAAGGUUGCCAAAUCAGUGCCACUUGCCUAUAAAAAAUAUCAUUAACGGAGCCCUAGGGUAAAAAUGAACUUGUUCUGUCUACUCAUUAUCGAUUUUUGUUUCCACGUAGAUUGAUGGAAAAACAACCGGGCUCUGCCAAUCAUUCCAAACAUAUCGCCAUUAUAGUUUUCUGCACGGUCUGGGUGUUCCAGUAAAUGCUGUCCGAUUGCAGAAUCGCAUGUUUUAGUUUUUGUUUUUAAUCUGCAAGACCGAGUAGGUUGUUCUUUUAGAUGGAGAAUUUUGUUUCUAAUGUUUGAAGGGGCAUGCUGUUUUAUUCAAUCCCCCAAUCUUUGGGCUGUGCGUCCUACGUAGCUAUGAUCACGCAAAUAUGUAAACUCAAAUAACGGAACUCUUUCCUGUCAUAAAAUUUGAUACUUUUAACAUAUUGGUACAUAAAAUUUGGCUCACAGUAUUUGCUCCAAUUGAAAAACCUUUAUAUUUCAUUCUUUCUUAAAAGUAGAGGCGGACACUUGGUCAAAUAUUGGGGGAGGGGGCAGCCUAUUGUUUUAAUAAGACGACGUCACAUUUCCCCGCUGUUUUAGAACAGAAGACCUUGUUCUCCAAAGUAUUGGGGGGUGACCGCCCCCUCGCCUCCAAGAUUUCCACCACUGUUUAAAAGUGCUUGUGUGAUGUUAGACUACCAAAAAAGCAAUUAUUGUUUAGACGCCCUCCAAAUUCUACUACCUUUAACUCAGAUUUUGAAUUUGUUUUCUGAUAACCUCAUAAUCUAAGAUAUUUCGAGUACAUAAUUGUCAUGAAAGUUAAGAAACUUUUUUAAUAAAUAAAUAAUCAAAAUAAUUUCCAAGAACCAAUGCCUAGAGACCCCAGGCACUAAUUCCCGAAGACCUAGGUCAGAAAGUCCGAAGACCGUAGUGCUCAAGACUGAUUCCUUAGGACUAAGAACUGAAGACCAAAGUCCGAGAUCCGAAGACCAACCCUGGAGAUCCUGAAGACCAAUGUACAAAGACAAAGACCCGCAGACUAAGUGCUAAAACCAAAAGAGCACGUGAACUCUAAAUUUACACUUUCAAUGGCAUUCCCACUUUGGAUGAAAUUUUUUAGGAUGAAAAAGUUUUAUCAAUGCUUUUACUGUGUUUAGUCCAAGAGAUAGUUUGAAUUCAAAAUAAGGGGCCAAAAGCGACAUGAUAUUUUAACAAAUAUAGUUUUAAAAAUUUCUAGCUGUUUUGUUUCAUUUUCAUAAGAAUCUGACCAAAUUAUUAUGGCCUAGUUACUGCCAUCAAUUUGAGCUUUUUUGAGAUUAACAAGAAUAGCACGAAAUUUCAACUUGCCUUGUGAACAAUGGCAUUGAAAAAAUUUACAAACUGGUGCAGAAAAUUAGUUGUUGUUAUUCUAGAUUUCGAACAACCAUAUCUAGUUCAAUUGGAAAGUUUUAAGUACAACGUAAGAAACGGUGUCCACAAGAGCAUGCCUGGAUUGUCUCGCUAAAACUUUAGUAAUUUUCUCAAAGAUUAAAAAUUAAUUAAGAGUGAGGAUGUCGGGAAGAUCAGUUUUGUACGUCUUAUUUUGUGCACAGUCGAAGCUAGUCCGAAACACUUUCAAAACUCCACAGAAAAGACCGUCGAGAUGAUCCCUUUGACCUUAAGACCCGAAAAAUAUUUUAAAACUCCAAAUAAAGUUACGCAAGGAAAACUUAGAUUCACCCUCUUUUGGAAUCAAGGUUUCCCCGCCAAUAUAAUACCCAACUUCGGAUAACGCGGGGAAAGGUGCCACAUUUUCCGCGCGGCAGAUCCUCCAGAACGAUGACAUUCAAUCGAGGUUGUGUCAGAGAAAGUUAAGAAGUAUCUAACAUUCCGAUAUCAUCAAAAAUGUCCAGAUCAGCUCCUAUGAUCCUCAGGGUACAGUCCAAAGAAGGAACCAAGAGGAUUGAACUGGCAUCAAACAAUAGGCCAAAAACCCUAUACAAGAAGGUACGUGAUGACCUACAACUUAAUAAAAAUGGUUGGGCUUUAUUCAGAUCUAGAGAUGGAGCUGGUCUAAUAAAGGAGCUGAUUCGCACACAAUCAAAGACAUUGGUUUAAGGCAUGGAGAUAUGUUGUUUGUGAAAGAAGAGGUGCAACCAGCAACAACACAAGAAAGCUCAGACGAUUGGGUUUUUGAAGACGAAAUAGAUGUAACAUUAUCAAAGGAAGAAGGAAUUGUUCACAGAAAUCGAGAUCCGCAACUAUGUCACCAUGGUCCACACGGGAAAUGCUUACAUUGCUCACCAUUGGAGCCGUAUGAUGAAGAGUAUUUAAAAACAUUGAAUCCACCUGUCAAACACAUGGCAUUCCAUGCAUACAUAAAGAAACUAAGAAGUGGAGCUAGUAGAGGAAAAUUUGCGUCUUUAGAAGAUAUAAGUUGCAGGAUAAAGCCUGGGUGCACUGAGCAUCCACCAUGGCCAAAAGGAAUUUGUACAAAAUGUCAACCAAGUGCCAUUACACUACAGAGACAGCCAUACAGACAUGUAGACAACAUCAUGUUUGAAAAUUCUGUGAUUGUGGAUAGAUUUUUGAACUACUGGAGAAAAACUGGUUAUCAGAGGUUUGGCAUUCUCUAUGGUUCUUAUGAGAAGCAUGACAAUGUUCCACUUGGCAUACGAGCAACUGUAUCUGUUAUCUAUGAGCCUCCACAGGAAAGUACCAGAGAUACUAUUGAAUUUAAAGACGAUCCCAAUGCCGAGGUUGUGGACAGGGUGGCUGCAGACUUAGGACUGAGAAAGGUUGGAUGCAUAUUUACGGAUCUCAUAGCCGAUGAAACCAAAAAUGGCACAGUUAAACAUUUACGGCACAUUGGAACACAUUUCUUAAGUGCCCAGGAAACCAUCAUAGCAGCUGAUUUCCAAACCCAAAAUCCUAAUAUUUGCAAGCUUUCAUCGAACAGCAAGUUUGGAUCAAAGUUUGUUACCGUUGUUGUAUCAGGCAAUGAAGAGAAUCAUAUACAUUUUGAUGGCUGGCAGGUAUCAAAUCAGUGCAUGGCACUUGUGAGAGAUGAUUGUUUAGUACCAACAUUAGAUGACUCUUCGCUUGGUUAUGUAAAGGAAUCGUCAAGUAGCCAGUAUGUUCCUGACGUCUUCUACAAGGUGAUUGAUACAUACAAAAAUGAGGUGACGAAAGUAGCAAGACCAAUGCCAAUAGAGUUUUUCCUAAUAGAGGUACCGGCUGCAUUUCCUCUGUCGCCUAAUUUCACCUUCCCUGAAAAGAAACAUCCGUUUUUUAUCGAGAACCGAGAAGCCCUGGGACAAAAGCAGGACAUGAACACGUUUAUGAAAUACAUCGAGAAGUUCCCAGCCUCCGAAAUCACAACAGCCUUAAUGGAUUUCCAUCUUCUUGUGUUCCUUGCUACUACAGAAAUGCUGCCUUUGAAGGAACGCGUCGCCGAGCUUUGUAAAGCGCUGAAGAACAAGAACGAAGACGCUUUUCACCAUUUCACUAAAUCAGAAGAGUGGGCCACUGUGAUGCAGAUAAUUGCUGCGCACGCUUCAUUCUCACCCACGCAAGAAAGUGGCGCAAAGUUUAGUCAUAGUCCGACAAAUAGCACUGGCUCCGUAGAGCUGAUGGACACCGAUCAAUCAGAGGAACCCUCAUGGACCUGUUCUCAUUGUACCUUCAUUAACAGAUCAAGCGGAGACUCGUGUGAAAUGUGCGGACUACCGAAACAAAGCUAAUAGCAUAUAUUUUGAAUACACGCUGCACUAUCAGUACAUUUCAGUCGUUAAUAAGUAAAACUAUUUAAAAAACAAUAUUGUUGAUUUUUGCGUAAAUUUGAAUAGCAACUGUUGAACAUGUCAUGUUGAAAA